CCUUCGUGCAGGGGCUCGCUGAAGAAGACGGGCUCUGAGAGGCUAUGGGGAGGGUCUCUCCAUGUUGAUGCCCUAGGACGAUUCUCCUCCUCCCCCUCGAAAGGGUUGCGAUCCCCCCCUCCCCCCAAAAAAUCCCUUCUACAUUCCCAAAUGUCUGUAGACUUCUGUGUUUAAAAUCCGGCCGAAGAAGGCACGUAAGAUCACCUGGAAAGGCAGAAAAUUGGCUGGAGAGAUCUGUCAGGAUUAAUACUGUAACUGGCCGGGGUGCGCUCGCAGCGUAGGAAACGGGGAAAAAUCCUUUUAAGAAUUGAUCUGCUAAGCAACGCGCACGGCACGUCUUCAUUGGUCAUCAUGGGGGAGCAACCCAUCUACAGCACCCGAGCUCAUGUCUUCCAAAUUGACCCAAAUACAAAGAAGAACUGGGUUCCCACCAGCAAGCAUGCUGUUACUGUGUCCUAUUUCUAUGACAGCACAAGAAACGUCUAUAGGAUCAUCAGCUUGGAUGGCUCAAAGGCAAUAAUAAAUAGUACCAUCACUCCCAACAUGACAUUCACAAAAACAUCACAAAAGUUUGGUCAAUGGGCAGAUAGCAGAGCAAAUACUGUUUAUGGCUUGGGAUUUUCCUCUGAGCAUCAUCUCUCAAAGUUUGCAGAAAAAUUUCAGGAAUUUAAAGAAGCUGCACGAUUAGCUAAAGAAAAAUCCCAAGAAAAAAUGGAAUUAACAAGUACACCAUCACAGGAAUCUGCGGGUGAUAUUCAAUCUCCUCUUACACCGGAGAGCAUUAAUGGGACAGAUGAUGAAAGGACAAUGCCAGAAGUGACACAAAAUUCAGAACCAAGGGCUGAAGCAACCCAGAAUGCAUUGCCAUUUGCGCAUAGUUCGGCAAUCAGCAAGCACUGGGAAGCAGAACUUGCUACGCUAAAGGGCAACAAUGCCAAGCUGACAGCAGCUCUCCUUGAGUCCACUGCCAACGUGAAACAAUGGAAACAGCAGCUUGCUGCGUAUCAAGAGGAAGCAGAACGUCUACAUAAACGAGUGACUGAGCUGGAAUGUGUGAGUAGUCAAGCAAAUGCAGUCCAAACUCAUAAAACAGAAUUAAAUCAGACAAUACAAGAAUUAGAAGCAACACUGAAGAAAAAGGAAGAGGAAAUAGAAAAAUUGAGAGAAGAAAUUGACAAUGCCAGAGAGCUUCAGGCGCAAAGAGACUCUUUAACUCAGAAAUUACAAGAAGUGGAAGUUCGAAAUAAAGAUCUAGAAGGCCAACUAUCCGAUCUUGAACAGCGUUUGGAGAAAAGUCAGAAUGAACAAGAAGUUUUUCGCAAUAACUUGAAAACACUUUUAGAAAUUCUUGAUGGCAAAAUUUUUGAACUUACAGAACUACGAGAUAAUCUGGCCAAGCUAAUAGAAUGCAGCUAAAGAACACAGGAUCUCAGUGCCAAACUUCUUAAAGAUGCACUGUCUCUCUUCAUACAGGACUUUGUUGGGAUCUGCAUCAAAGUUGCACAAAAUUAGAAAAAUGCUCCUUCAGAAGGGCCUGUUUUAAAUUUUCAACAAUACAGUAUUUCAAUGUAAAAUUUCAGAAUUCAGCUUGUAGCUAGUUGAAAAAAAAUAAUAACUUGAAGUACAAAUUACCUCCUUGUAUAUAAUUGGCCAUAGAUAACUCGAGGGUAUUAACAGUAAUUGAAUGCAAUCCUUUUCUAAUUAUUAGCCAAUGAAAUAAUAAGAAGUGCUUCAAAUGACAUCCCUCUUAGUGUUCCACACAAUGUAGGCGAUCAGUUUUAUUUUCUUUGUUAAGGCAACUGUAUGCUGUGUUUUGUGCAAGAACUUUGUGAUGACAGCCCUCUCUUUUGUUGUAAUCUGAAUAAUUUCUCAGGAUAUUUUGUACUGUUGAAAAAAACAGUACAUUACCAAUUAAUUCUUGCCAGGAGUGAGAGAGAGUUGCAUCUUUAAUUCAGACCUAAUGAAUUAAUGCUUGUAUAGAGUUCUUCCCUUUUUUUAUACUGGAAGAUACUGUCUUUAUUUACAAUGUUCACUCUGGUGUUCUAUAAUAUUGUCUAGUGUAUGGUUUACUUUUUUCCUAUUGGGAAUUCAUGUAUGUAGAAAUUAUGUAUUUCAUUUUGUUAUGCAUUUUGAAGCCUAUCUAUGAAGACAAGCAAAUCCCUGAAAGGUAUUUUAAAUUUUGCUAUGUUCAAAUAAGGUUCAGUCUAUGCUUAUUGAAUAUCACAUGGACUUAACUUUUCUUAUCAAAAUAUGUUUUAGUAAUUUAUUUAGCAAGAAUUCUGAAACUGGAAAUAUAGUUAUUGCUAGGGCAUUGACCUUGCUCAGGCAAUUAAAGGGGGGGGGGAAGCAUUGUAUUAACAUAGAUAUUUUUUUUCUGCUGUAUGUUCAUGAAACACCUUUAUUAGAAAAAUGUGCCAGGCUAUGUUCUGAAUUUCAAAAGAAGACCUGAAUUCAGUUAUCCUCAGUGAACCUCUUUUUAAGUUGUAUUCGUAAUUUACAAAGAUUUUUGCCAAAUAUGUAUUUCUUUAUAGAUAUAUUUUUUAUUUUAAAAGAAAAAAGAAAUGCAAACUGAGGAUCAAUCUAUGUUUCAUGAAUGGGAAUGAGCUAGCCUUGCUGUAGAUUGUCUAAUAUUGCAAAAGAUUUUUAAAAAUUUAACAAAAAAAAAUCAGACAACAAUGCACUGACCUUUUUAUUUACACCAAAUUAAUUUGGAUGUUAAAUAUAAAAUACAGCUUAAAUAUAAACUCUGGUUUUUUUUCCACUUAAGGACUGCUAUUCAAAACUAGAUAAUAUAAAUCGGGUUUUUUAUGUGUGUACUGUAUGUAUAUACUGUAUAAUACAGGCACUCUAAUUUGUAUUUAAAAUGAGAUAAAUAUUUGGCUUAAUUUAUAAAAUGACAUUUUCUUUAUCUGUAAUUUAACAAGUGUCUCCUGAAAUAUCAGGAUUACUGUUAAUUAAACACUAAAUUAUGAUGUAUUAUACUAUAUGUACUGUACACAUCAUUUGUUUUGUCCAUGUUUUAGAGUAUUUUAUCAUUUAUUUUAUUUAUUAUUAGGAAAAUAUUUGUUCAUUGCAUUCAUAGAUAAAAGCUUUCUAUGGUGAUUUUUUAAAACUUAAUAGCUAAGUGUCAAUGAUGUGUAACCUUAUUGGUCAGGACAGUAGUGAUUACCUGAUUUUAAUUUACCUGAAGAAGUUUGCGCCUCAUUCUCUUGCUAGAUGAGUGUCACUCAGAAACAUCUUCAGCAAAGUAUAAAAUUGGUGUAAUUCUGGGAUGAAUGAAGUAAGUUCUUGCUCGGUAUUCUUAAUUAUGGCAAGUUAGAGCAGAAAUUUGAUGGCAAAAAAUGUAAUAUUGUUUUUAAUAAGAUCAAAAAUUUUAAUACAAGGACAUUUACAUGUGGGAAAAAAGUUUACAAAGUUAUUUCCACUUCAAUGCUGUGUAUAUGUGUUGUACAAGAAAACCUAUUUGUAUAUGUACACACACAUAUGUAUAUACAGUAUAUAAAAAAAUUAAAUGUGCACAUUCAGAAUAUUUUCCUAUUGAAAUUAAAAUUAAAAAUCAGAAAUCAAUAUUUGGGAAUUUCUUUUCUCAUGUAUAUUUAGAUGCUUGACUUUGGGUUCUUUUGUCUGUAAAAUAAAAUCCAAGAGGGCUGUACUACUGAAUUCCCAAAAGUCAUCUAACAUGUAUAUGGGAUAAGGUAAAUGUAAGUGCACAUAUAAAUUAAUUAUAUUUAAAAACUUUUAAUGUUCAUUUACAUUAGAUGGGUGUUAGAAAUUAUAUGUUAACAAUUACACUCAGUUGUUCUUAACGAAAUGGCUCUCCUGCACUAGCAUAUAUGCCAGAAAAUAUUUUGAUUGUCAUAGACUAAGAAAAGUAAACAAAAAUUUACAUCGAAGAACAAUCACAUUGUGUAUAACUUGUUAUAUGACAAUUAUGGAGUCUUGUUAAAAAUUCUUUUAAAACCCAACAAAAUACAGUUUUUAUUUUGAAAUACAAUUGCUGUUCUGGAGAAUGUACUUUAUUAUUUUUUCUUUCUUGAACUCUUUUUAAGAAUUAUAAACUGUUCAUUGGAUGGCAGCAUUUACCUUAAUUCUUCAGGUGCUACUGGAUUUUGAAUUAGAGUGUCAUGUUGUGAAAUUAUGACUUUGACAUAAAAAGGUUUUAUAAGUAUAUCCCUGUCUGGAAGUUGGUUAUUGGGGCCUCUUUCUCAUAACUCUACUCCAGAAUUUUCCAAUAAUUUCAUUCUUCCAUAUAGAAUUUCUUGAUCCCAGGCCACAAAAUUCAUCAAAUAAAACUAAUAGGCACUAGUUUCAUGAUUGAACAAUGUGGGCUUAUUCAGAAUCAAGUGGCUUUUGUUGUCUAAUGACCAUUUUAAUAUAAGCAAGUUGGAAGCUAGACAAAUAGUGUGUUUGGUCCUGUUUGAAAGACAUUCAGAUGUAAACUAUAGAAAAUAAUGAUCAAUAAUAUGAUGGUACCUUUGGGAAGUCACUGCCAAUUGCAUGAACAGAAGACCUCAUUUCACUUACAAAAGAAAUUACAAUCCAGAUCCCACCCAAUCAUCUGUACUAGAGCAAUUUUUUUAGCUUCUUUCACAACAAAUAGAGAUUCUCCCCCUAAAAAAACUGCUUCCACUUGUAAAAUUGUUUUUAAAACUGCUACACAAAACAAAUAGAAAAUAUUUAAAUUAGACUGUGGCUAGUUCCACACAUUACUUGAAGUGGCUUCUGCAGCUGCCUGCAAUUACUGCAAGUUCUAGUCCCACCAGGCCCAAGGUUGACUUAGCCUUCCAUCCUUUAUAAGGUAGGUAAAAUGAGGACCCAGAUUGUUGGGGGCAAUAAGUUGACUUUGUAUAUAAAUAUACAAAUAGAAUGAAGACUAUUGCUAACAUAGUGUAAGCCGCCCUGAGUCUUCGGAGAAGGGCGGGAUAUAAAUGCAAAUAAAACAAAUAAAACAAAACAAAAACAAAGCUGUUUGCAUAAUCAGCUAGACCUAGUAGGAUUAUAGAUCACUGACCAUUUUGCAAGGCCAAGAACAUACCAUUGUGUGCUCUUAUCUGUCACCAGCCCACCAAAAGGCAACACAUCUUUAAGUGAUGCUGCCCAGUUCACCUACUGUACUUCAUUCAACGGAAUGCCUACAAUGGUAGGCAAAUUGCUCCACGCCAACUGCUUACUGGAUGCUGAUAGAAAUUGUCCAGUCACUGGCCUUCCCAGCCAUGAAAUAAUGAGAGAAUCAGUUCCUAUGAUUUUACAAGUUUGUUGGUGGAACACUGGAACAGUGAAAUGAUGUUUCAUAGCAGAUGAAAUUGAACUGAAUUCUGCCACUUCCCUUUAUUGGUUAUAGAGGCAGGAAAAAGGAUAGAAGUGUGGCGUUCGUGGUUUUCAUAGGAUCGGGAGGGAUAAAGAAACAGAAUUUAUUAGUCAAGAUCUACUGUAAAUGUAAACAAAAUUCAAAGAACAGGCUGUCACUGGGACCAAACUGGAAGAAUUGAAUCUAGAAAGGUAUUUCUUAAGCUGAUUUCAUUUCCUCUGAGUUUAUGUACAGAAGCCAAGAAUUUUAAAACUGAAGUGUGAAAAAAGUCCCUUGUUGUUAGCUAAUUUGACAGGUUUCAAAUUAAAUAAAAAUAACAUUAAAUGAAUUUCCAACAGAUUUGGAACUGAAAAGGGGUAUUGGAAUAUAUGAAAAACUGUGAUGGUGCAGUGGUUAGAAUGCAGAAUUGCAAGCAAACUCUGCUCACAGCCAGGAAUUUGAUCCAGCUCAGCUCAAGGUUGUUUCAGCCUUCCAUCCUUCUGAAGUCAGCAAAAUGAGGACCCAGAUUGUUGGAG